UCCUGCACCGACUUACCCACAAACCUUAAACGAUUAUGUCGUCUUAUGAUACCAGCGAUGCAGCGACAGACGACAAUAAUCAAAAGAACAAGUCCAUCCUCCCUUCCGUCGUCCCCAGGCUUCCAGGAACCUUCCACCCACAUUUGACCUAACGAACCCAUAAACGUUGAACGCGUGACAGUUCAAAUGCAGGGUUUGGUAUAUUAUUUGACUUUCAACUGAUGGAAGAUAUUUGUUUAUUUAUUUAUAAUAAUAAAGAAAUCCCCAAAACCAAACACAUAUUUAUUUUCAUUUCUUCUCCUUCAAAUUCAUCUUUUAUUUCUUUCUAAAAAUAAUUCUCUCUUUGAUCCUUUUUUUUGGAUAUCUUAUUAAAAAAUUGAGGCAUGGAGGCGGCAACACUAUCUGGUUCACUGCCGCGGUUGAAGCUUUCUGCUUCAAAUCAUAAAUUAUCGUGGUCUCAGGGCAGGUCUAUCAUUUCUGUCUCUUGCCGCCCAUCUGGACAAUUGCAUGAUACUGUUUCAAGUUCUAGUUCAACUGAUAGAAGGGUUACCAUUAGUGGGGGACUGUACGAGCUUAGUCCAGCUCCAAAGAGAAAUCCAGUUGGGCAAACACAUUGUGCAACCUCAGCAGGAGCAUACACAUAUGGUGAAAGUUCUCUUGAAUCUCAUUCACAUGCAGCAGAAGACAAGGUUGGCGUGCUGCUUCUGAAUCUGGGAGGGCCAGAAACACUUCAUGAUGUUCAACCAUUUUUAUUCAAUUUAUUUGCAGACCCGGACAUUAUACGACUUCCCAGGCUGUUUCAAUUUCUUCAGCGACCUCUAGCUCAAUUGAUUUCUGUGCUCCGUGCUCCCAAAAGUAAAGAAGGGUAUGCUGCCAUAGGAGGUGGCUCACCUUUGCGUAAAAUAACAGAUGAGCAGGCACAUGCAAUCAAAAUGGCUUUGGAAGCAAAAGGCAUGUCUGCAAUUGUCUAUGUUGGAAUGCGUUAUUGGUACCCAUUCACUGAGGAGGCAAUUCAUCAGAUCAAGAGGGACAGGAUAACAAGGCUUGUUGUGCUGCCACUUUAUCCACAAUUCUCCAUCUCCACAACUGGCUCAAGCCUUCGUGUACUCCAAAAUAUAUUCAGGGAAGAUGCAUAUCUAUCAAGAUUGCCUGUUUCUAUCAUACAAUCCUGGUACCAAAGAGAAGGUUACAUCAAGUCUAUGGCUGACUUGAUUGGAAAAGAACUAGAACAAUUUCCUAAGCCUGAGGAGGUCAUGAUAUUCUUUAGUGCUCAUGGAGUUCCAGUGAGUUACAUUGUGGAUGCUGGAGAUCCAUACAAAGAUCAGAUGGAGGAGUGUAUCUACUUAAUCAUGAAAGAAUUAAAAGCUAGAGGAUUUAGCAAUGACCAUACUCUUGCCUAUCAGAGCCGAGUUGGGCCUGUACAAUGGUUGAAGCCCUACACUGAUGAAGUUCUGGUUGAGCUUGGCCAGAAAGGUGUGAAAAGUCUACUUGCUGUACCUGUAAGCUUUGUGAGUGAGCACAUCGAGACACUUGAAGAAAUUGACAUGGAGUAUAAGCAUUUGGCUCUUGAAUCUGGUGUUGAGAAUUGGGGCCGCGUACCAGCACUAGGUUGCACCUCAUCCUUCAUUACAGAUCUGGCAGAUGCAGUGGUAGAAGCCCUACCUUCAGCAAAAGCCAUAUCAACCUCAAGCAGCACCUCAGAAGAAGCUGAUUAUGAUAUAUUUAGAUGUGCUAUCAAAAUGUUGUUUGGUUCAAUCUUGGCAUUUGUUCUGCUUUUUUCCCCAAAAAUGAUCCUUGCAUGCAAGAAUUAUCUCUUAUAAAGGCAACAAGACAAGUUUCAUACAGGUUGCUCUUUCAAAUAAUGAAGUAUAGUGAAAAGAUUGGUCAAGUUGCAGAAAUUCUAACCGGGAUUUUGUAUUCAUUUAAUUUUUUACUUGUUUUGAAAUGGGAAUUUCUGCAAUGGAUAUGUAUUUAGCUGAAUUUUCUUGUUUUAUAUACAAAAAGUUGAUGCUGUUUUAGGGGCACACCUAGUUAUCAGCCAAAAUAUUCUUAAGAAUUACUUCAAUUUCGAAAUUA